AUGGCUAACAACAGGGAUGCCAAUGAGAGCACCCCUCUAUUGGACUCUGAGAACACACCUUCACCCCCACCACCAUCAGUUUUCCAGGGAAGAAGACUAGCAUGUGCAGCCAUCCUGCUGGCUGAAUCCUUAGAAAGGAUUGCUUUCUACGGCAUCACAUCCAACCUGGUCCUUUUUCUCAAUAGUAAUCCAUUUUAUUGGGAGGGCACUCAGGCGAGCCAGGCACCUCUGAUGUUCAUGGGAGUUACUUACCUGAUUUCACCAUUCGGAGGCUGGUUGGCAGAUGCAUACCUUGGGAAAUUCUGGACUAUUGCUUCAAGUUUGAUCCUAUAUUUUCUUGGCAUGCUAUUUUUCCCUUUCAUUUCAUAUGACGAUACCAGGACACAGCUAUGUGGCGAAGAGCUGGCGUUUCCUGUGCAACCGGCUGAGUGUCUGAGCACAAACAUUACCCUUCCAAGCAAUGUCACCUGCCCCAUCCGCGCCCCAUAUUGUGGGCCAGCUGUCUACAGUGGCCUCUUUUUAAUUGCAUUAGGCGUGGGUACUGUGAAGUCCAACAUCACUCCCUUUGGGGCAGAUCAGGUCAAAGACAGAGGACCAGAGGCCACGCGCAGAUUCUUCAACUGGUUCUACUGGUGCAUCAACUUAGGAGCCAUCCUGUCUCUGGGAGGUGUGGCAUACAUCCAGCAGAACUUCAGUUUUAGGGUCGGCUACAUCAUUCCCACCGUGUGCCUCGGGGUGUCCUUCCUCGUCUUCCUCCUGGGCCGUACUGUCUUCAUCACCAAGCCUGCUGAUGGCAGCGCCUUCACAGAUAUGUUCAAGAUCCUGGGCUUUGCCUGCUGUUCCAAGAAAACAAAAGAGCCCAACCUGCUCCGCAACAAACCAACACUACUAGACAGUGCCAAAGUGACCUAUGGAGGAAAAUAUCCAGAAGAGAAAGUAGAGGAGUUGAAAGCCCUGGUGAAAGUCCUCCCAGUUUUCUUUGCCCUCGUCCCAUACUGGACUGUGUACUUCCAGAUGCAGACAACGUACAUCCUGCAGGGCCUCCAUCUAAAGAUUCCUAAUAGUGCGUCAAACCUCACUGUUGAUUCCAAGAUGACGUUCCGCUUCCCUGCAGCCUGGCUCACCAUGUUUGACGCAGUGCUCAUCCUCCUGCUGAUUCCCCUUAAGGACAAAGUGGUGGACCCCAUCCUGAAGCGCCGCGGCCUGCUGCCUUCCUCUCUGAAGAGGAUUGCAGUGGGGAUGUUCUUUGUUAUGUGGUCGGCCGUGGCAGCGGGUAUUUUGGAGACCAAACGCCUGGAUAUCGUCAAAUCAAAUGGUACCAUUGACCAGGUGGUUGGCAACGUUAUCUACCACGCAGCAGAUUUACCCAUAUGGUGGCAAAUCCCUCAAUAUGUGCUGAUAGGAAUCAGCGAAGUCUUUGCCAGCAUUGCAGGUCUGGAGUUUGCCUAUUCUGCAGCUCCCAGGUCCAUGCAGAGUGCCAUCAUGGGGAUCUUCUUUUUCUUCUCUGGGAUUGGCUCCUUCGUUGGUUCCGGUUUGUUGGCUAUCGUUUCCCUCAAGGCGAUUGGCUGGAUGUCAUCGCACAAAGACUUUGGGAACAUCAACGACUGCUCUCUGCACUACUACUUCUUCCUCCUGGCGGGGAUCCAGGGUGUCACCUUGCUGGUCUUUCUUAUCGUCUCUUUCAAGUAUGACAAGCAGAGGGCCAAGACAGGAAGCCAAAGGCAGAGACUCACCUCGUCUUGAUCUGCACACACGCCCCCGUACCCCCCCUCACCGCACCUGCCUUUUCCUGUCGUUCAGUGCCCAAAGUGUCCAAUAGGUACUCACCAAUGAAAUCCUACAAAAAUGUGGUUUACCUUUUUAAGUUGCAAGUUGUCUUGCCACGACUAGUAUUUAUGAUGAUUUUGAUGCUUUUAAGCGGGUACUCUUCAUCCUGUUUUAAAACAUUAAUGGUUUUACAGCACUGGAUUAACGCACAGGUGUCACUGGAGGUAUGGAGAUUAAUCGAGGAGCCAUGUCUGAAUCAUCUCUCGUUGCCUUUCUUUGAUCGUUUGCACUUGAUUUAAGGAGUGGUGCCAUAAAACACAUAAGAUAUCGAGAUAUUAUCUGAUCAUGAAGAAUGUUCAGUGGUUAUACGUUUACGUUUUGUUUACUAACAAAGUCUCAUCUUUGGACUUACCGGUACUCUUCUGCUAACAGUUGCACUGACCCCGGUACGAUACGUCAGUUAAAUGUGUGCAUUAAAUGUUCUUUAAUUAUUAUUUCUUAGACUUAUCCCUGUUGCACUUUUUCAAGUGCUUGAAAUACUUCUGCAGCGACGUAGUUAUGAGUAAUUAAUUGUAUGUUGUUGCAGAUUCCCAGAAAUCAUUUUCUAUUAAUGACAGAAUACGGCUUUUGUUUUAAUGAGAUUCCACAUUUACAUUCGACUAUUAUUCAAAUCUAAUAUUGAGAGAAAACAUGUCCCAUGUUUGUUUUCCACUGCCUGUGAUUACACACUGUAAAUCCACAUAAGUCCUUCCCUAUAAAUCCGCUUUAAAUCCUCCGAACCAUACACAUUAAUAAUGAUAACUCCUUAUGCUAAAAAUACUUCACAGCAGUUUCAUUUCUGGUCGAGCUGCAAAACCGCGUGACAAACAACUCAUUAGAAACUAACCUUAAGUCUCACGGGCCACCUUGAGUGGAGCUCUUGUUUUAGCUUUAUACUGUUAUAAUGCUGUGUACGUGGAUGUUUCAAUUCUCUGAAUGGGCUUAUAGCACAAGGUUCUGAAUUUUAUUUAAAAAGAGAACAAUCUCAGGGCUCGAGGAAUAGUGUCGAGUGACAUAACUCUCCAGGAAAUGAAGAAACUGCCUUUGGGAGCUCAGAACUGUGUUUACCCUGUGGUGUAAAUAAAGUUACAUUUGUAACGGCACAUAAAAAGCAAGAAGCUGACUCCUGUUAGUGAUUUUACUUUGUGUUUAAUUGGUCGUAUAAAUGUUCCUUGUUUUAUUGCAUAUUUUAUAUAUACUUGCUUUGUUAUUUCAGUCCUCUUCAAAAAGAUUUAUUACGUUUAUUUGGGAAUUAUAUUCUGUUUUCAUAAUGCUACAGAACUGGAAUAUGUGUGUCGCCAUUAAAGUAUAUUAAAUUGA